AAGUAUGAAGCCGUUUGUAACACAGCCUUUUCUAAGCGUAGACUUGUCAGCUACUUUAGCAGCCAAGUUCCACAAGCGAAUUUUUUUCUGAUACGCCGCUGUGACUGUUGAUUAAUCGAUGUGUUUGUGUUUUAAAAAUUCUAUUUUCCGUCACUCCUUAGUGAGGCAGUUAUUGUAAUAUAUAAAAUCCGAGGAUUAAUACGGUUAGCAAACCGGCUAGCCUCUGGAGCUAGCUGCUUCACAAAUUACUGGGAGUCUGUUUGGAAUUAGCCUAACCUAGAAUUUAUUUUACAGCAUCAAACCUCACAGGUCUUCUGAAAUCCCACACUGAAUAAACACCAUGAAGCUCUACAGUUUGUGUGUGUUGUACAAAGGAACGAGCAAGGCCAACCUUCUCAAAGCAGCCUAUGAUUUGUCUUCAUUCAGUUUUUUUCAGAGAUCCAGUGUACAAGAGUUCAUGACCUUCACCAGCAGUCUGAUAGUCGAGCGCUCCUCAAUAGGAAGCCGUGCUUCCGUCAAAGAGCAAGAAUACCUGUGCCACGUGUACGUCCGGAGCGACAGUCUCGGCGGAGUGGUGAUUGCAGAUAACGAGUAUCCCUCCAGAGUGUGCUUCACUUUGCUCGAUAAGGUGUUGGAGGAAUUUUCUCGGCAGGUGAACAGCAUAGACUGGCCCUCGGGCUCACCGACUACAGUUCAGUACACCGCUUUAGACAGCUACCUGGCUAAGUAUCAGAACCCACGGGAAGCUGAUGCCAUGACCAAGGUGCAAGCUGAACUGGAUGAAACCAAAAUUAUUUUGCACAACACAAUGGAGUCGCUUCUGGAACGAGGAGAAAAGCUGGAUGACUUGGUACAGAAAUCAGAGCACCUGGGAAACCAGUCAAAAGCCUUUUACAAAACGGCGCGGAAGCAGAACUCUUGCUGCGAAGUGAUGUGAUGAAAGCAUGGUGACGGAUCAGACUCUGCUGGACCACCUUUUCUUUAUCUCCAUCUCUCUCUCUCUCUCUGUCCCUCUCUCGGCCUGAGCUCAGCCACAGAGCUGACUCGACAGUUCCAGAGAACUUCUAGCGAGUGUCGAGGAUGGAGAGAAUCCCUGAUUUUUUUUUCUUUCCGUUUGAUUGAUUUUGUCGUUGCAGUUGUUUUGUUCUUUCCCUGGGACAGAGGGACUGAUUUCCCAGACUACACCACACUUCUUAACUAAGCCGUUAGAGGGCUCGCUUCGAAGGUUAAGACAUAAAAUCUCCACGGUGCCUUACUUUAAGUGGCUGCGCAUUCAGUUAGACUGUUAGCCUUAAUAAUGACCAUUUCAAGCGGUGGAUGAAGAAAUAAAGGAGGGGAGAAAAAAAUAAAGCGUUUUAAGACUGGGAAAUGCAUCGAUCAGGGGUGAGGACAAGGUUCCAACACUAAUGUCUUACAGUGUGUAUGCUUCAAGAAUUGUGAAAAAAAAAAAUCAAGUGCAUUAUAUCAGACUGGCUUUUUUUACCUCACCUUCAUCUUUGUAAAACAUAAGCAAUUUAUUAAAAAUCGAUUAUUAUUUAUUAUUAUUUCACAUUCCCCGAAUUGUUUGGAUCAGACAAGUAAGUGUUAAAGGUUAUUGUUUGUGCUUUUUGUUGUUUUUUUCCUCCAAGUGUGGUUUCCUCUGAAAUCAGUCCCUUACCCUUGAAUGACAUGAACACACACACACACACGUACAGCUUCCAGUUCUCUCUCUCUCUCUCUCUCUCUCUCUCUCUCUCUCUCUCUCUCUCUCUUCUCCACAUUAACAAUCAUCUACACAUUAACUAGCUCUGACCCUCUACAAUCAGUGUUGAGUCCAGAAUCACCUUUUGUACGUCGUCUUUAUAAACGUUUCGAUUCCUUUCUUUAAAUCUGGCACAUACUGAUAUUAUAAAACUACUAAAGCAACCUAAUCCCCAACUUGGUAUAUAUUAAAUUCGCCGCAUCAUGAAACGUUUGUCGUUUAGGACAAAACUCCUCUCUGUGCCGGCGUAGAGCAGAGAGAUGUUUGAGAAUCAGACAUCCGGAGACGUUCAAAAAUGACGUGUUUUUUUUGUUGUUGUUGUUGAACGUAUUUGUGAUUACAUGGUGUGAAGGAAAAAAAAGAAAGAAAGAAAAAAUUCCAGUGAUCUGAUGGUGUUUUACUUCAGAGUUGUUGCUGAAUCUCUGCAGCUUGUGUGUCCCUAAUGUAUGGUUGUAUUGUAUAAAUAAAUAAAAAAAAAAGCGUUUCCAUGUUCAAAAUUAUGGCACGCUGCUCUGGAGGA